AUGUGCCCAGAUAUCAACUCUCUUCCACAAUCUCGAUCAUCCUCCACCUCUUCAUCUCUGCCUCAUCGUAUCCCUCCGACCGCCUCCCCAGGGACCGCCCCCGCUCCAAUGAACCCCAACACUACUUCCCCUCGACCCUCCCGCGGAUCCAGUGCGGGCCGAGUAUCGGUGUCCGAACGACGCCGCUCGGCUGCCGGCAUGAAUUUAAACCUGAACGAGUCCUCUAGUGCUUCGGGAAAUCACGGCGACAGCCCCUGGUCCGACCAUCGCUCUUCUAUCGGUCAUGCAUUUCGUACGGCCAGCCCCACCAGUCACGGCAGUAGCCCGGUCUUUGCGACUGCAGAUCCGCACCAUCAGCGAGCACCCUCUCUGGGCGAGUUGCACCAGGAAUUAGAGCAAGAGCAAGAGGCGCAAGUGAAUCGUUUACUGCUGAUGAUCCGUAGCCAGCAGGCCCAGUUGCAACAACUCCAGCAACAACAGCCCUCACAGCCAGGUGCUAGCACGGCAGUCGUCGAUGAACUGACGCCAUCCGAACGGUCAUCUUCCUUCUCACUUCCUAUGCACACACCCGCACAAGCACCCAGUAGUCGGCUCUCGAUCUCCUCAGUCUCCAACCGUCGGUCUUCACGACCACCUAGCCAAGCGGAAUCCCCAAACCUGCAGCCGCAAGAUGCCUCGCGAGGACCAGAAAGCACCGAAGCAUUCCCUGCACUGCCGAGUUCCUCGCGCCGUGGAAGCCGAGACGACAAUGCAUACUAUCAGGCCGAGGCAGCCAUGUUGAGUCGAGAAAACCAAAUGCUGCGACAAAGGAUUCGUGAAUUAGAACGACAAAUAGGAGACAUGUCAAUCUCUGCGAGACCAUCUCCCUCCCCAGCUCCCACAUCGGGUGAGACAUCGGGGCAAGAGGGGGCCGAAACGGCGGACCCGCCUACUAUGAGAUCGGCAGACGGGAAGGACUGA